AUGAAACAACAACCGCCACAGCAAGGGACCACUUUGGCCAGUGGUAGCUCAUCAUCAUCCUCAUCUUCAGUGGCGAGUCGUUCCUCCUUGUCCCGAAAUCACACAGGAUGGUUUGAUGAUGCUCAAAAUUGUAUUUUGGAAGAGGUCAUUAGGCAAAAUAACGGAAAGCCUUUUACCAUACAGGAAACGGAACAGGCACAAGAAUUAAUGAAAUUACUUUCUACAAGUGCAGAUACGAAAGGAAUUAAAUUUUCAUCAACAGCUCUUCAUUAUCAAUACUAUCAAAGCAAAUUUAAAAAGAGAGCUCUGUUGAUGUAUCAAGUAUUGAUGAGCGUGUGGAAUACUGAGUUUGUGACAAAUUUCAAAAAGAAAAAUAAUGCAUUCAAUGAAAGAACAAUUUAUGAAAGAGUGAAUCAAAUGUUGGAAAAGAAGAAAGGACAGUGGAGUUUGAGGGAGUUUUCUGAGCUAGCGACCUUGACAUUGAUUCUAAGUACAAGGUCUACAUCGAGUGCUAUAAAAAUGACGAAUAUUUCAGAUCAAAAUGAUGACGAGUUGGAUGUUGCGAGAAGUCCUUGUCUGUUAACUAUUCCAGUAAUGAGAGAGUUUACUGAGGUCAAUAUAUCCUCUGAAGCAAGGCAUCUUCGAAUUGCUAGUCUUGGAGGAGGUCCAGGAAAUGAUGGUGCAGCGUUUGUCGUGUUGAAAGAAACAUUACUUUCUAAAUUGUUUGAAAAAGGCACAAUCAUUGAGUCAGAUUUGUAUGAUUUGGAAAAAAAUUGGAAAAAUUAUCUUGAAAAACUGCAAGAGAUUACAAAAGAUAGCCUAGUUUUGAAUUUUAACAGAUGUGACGUAACAAAAUCUUUAGAAAACUCCCUAAAUAGAGCACUGAAAGAUAGAAUUGUUGAAUAUGACAUUUUCUUAUUCAGUUAUGUCUGUAAUGAAACAUCGCAUCUGACAAAACAAUCGGAAGGUUUAUUUUUCAAGGAACUUUUUACAUAUUCUAAACCUUUUUCCAUUUUCAUUUUCACCGAUGUGAUUGAACAUGCCAAGAAAGCCCUGCUGUAUAUUGAAGAUUUGACAAGAAAAGUGAACUCAAAAUUUGUGACCUUCCAUCUUUCAUCAAAUCAAGCACAAGUAAUGCUGGUGAUCAAGUGCAGUGUUUAA